AUCUCUGUUAAUUGAAAAAUGAGCGAACAACAGCCACGAGGAGGAUUCGGAGGUCGACCCAGAGGCCGAGGACGCGGUCGAGGCCGUGGCCGCGGACAGAAGACCGAAAAAGAAUGGGUCCCUCUUACCAAACUGGGCAAGCUCGUCAAGGCUGGAAAAAUAAGGAAAUUAGAAGAAAUAUACCUACACUCCCUGCCCAUCAAGGAACCCGAGGUGGUUGAUCAUUUGGCUGAGGGAACCCUGAAAGACGAAGUUCUGAAGAUUAUGCCAGUGCAGAAACAGACAAGAGCUGGUCAGCGAACGAGGUUUAAGGCUUUCGUAGCUGUCGGAGACUCAAACGGACACAUUGGACUGGGAGUGAAGUGCUCCAAGGAAGUGGCAACAGCUAUCCGAGGGGCUAUUAUUAAUGCUAAGCUGUCUCUGAUUCCGAUUAGAAGGGGAUACUGGGGAAACAACAUUGGUCUGCCGCAUACUGUGCCUGUGAAGGUUACAGGGAAGUGCGGAAGUGUAAUGGUGAGACUGAUUCCUGCGCCGAGGGGAACCGGAAUUGUGAGCUCGCCAGUGCCCAAGAAGUUGCUUCAGAUGGCUGGCGUUGAAGAUUGCUAUACAUGCUCUAGUGGACAAACUGCGACUCUGGGAAAUUUUGCAAAGGCCGUGUAUGCUGCUCUGGGAAAGACAUACUCGUUCUUGACUCCCGACUUGUGGAAGCAGACGGCCUUCAUCAAGGGACCAUACCAGGAGCAUACCGACUUCCUGGCUCUGGAACAGAAGUAGUGGUGUAAAUUAUCACUAUUGCUGUGAAUGUUUAAUUUGUUCUAAAUAUUGCCUGAAUAAAUCGUUCACACCCUC